GAAGGCAACACCGUGACGUGCUGGCCCGGGCCCAGCAGAACCAGACCGAACCGAACCGUGUGCCGUUAUCCGGUCUCUCGGCUGUGUGUGUCCGUGCGCUCGGUCACUGUUCCGAGUUUUACGUGCACGCAAACACGGCUACUUCCGGUAUGAACGCGCUGCGGCGGCGGUUCGAGCCGCGGCUGGUCCGCGCGCUCCGAGGUUUUCACAUGGCAGCACCGCUGGCGACCUUUGACCUGAGGAAAGUGGAGCUGACCCCCCUGGAGCAGAGGAAGUUGACCUUUGACUCCCACGCUCUGGUGACGGAGCUGGAGGCCAGCGGUUUUGAGAAGCGCCAGGCGGAGCUCGUGGUUUCGGCGCUGGUCACCAUGACCUCGGCCAACAUGGACGCCGUCUACAAAGACAUGGUGACCAAGAGCCACCAGGAGAUUGCGGUGCAGCAGAUCAUGACCCACCUGGACUCCAUCAGGAAGGACAUGGUGAUCCUGGAGAAGAGCGAGUUCUCCAACCUGCGCUCCGAGAACACGAAGAUGAAACGAGAGCUGGAGCAGCUGGAGAACCGGCUGAAGGAGGAGAGUGAGAAGGUCCGAGCAGAAACCCGAUUGGACAUCAACCUGGAGAGGAGCUGGAUCUCUGACAUGUUCACGGAGCAGGAGAAGAAGCUGAUGGAGGCCACAUCAGAGUUCCACCACCAGAAAGCCAACCUGGAAAACGACAACAUGGAGAUCAACAAGAAGAUCGACCUGCAGGUGGCCUCGCUGAAGACCCUGCUGGAGUCUCUGAAGCUGGAGACGGUCCGGUACCUGGCAGCGACCAUCUUCUCCUGCCUCGCCAUCGCUCUGGGGGUCUACAGACUGUGGAGGUGAUGGGUCCACAUCAGAACCACUAUAGAACCAGAUCAGAACCGGGCCCAGUUCAACGUGUCGGCUCAUGAUGUCACAUCAGAUUUCAGUUUUGAAGGUUGAAAGUUUUGGAUCGGAGAGUGUUUUUACGGACAUAAAAAACACGUUCAAAACGUCUUGAGCCUUUUCUUUGAAGGAUGUUCUGCUUUGAUGCACGCGUGUCCUUUUAUCU